AUGGAUGCGCUGGUUUCUGACUUAUUUGGCUCAGGAAAUGAAACCAUCUCUCGACCACAACUUUCCGCCUGCUGUGGUGGAAAGCAGGGGCUCGGACUCGGGUUAGCGUCUAAGAAAGCGAAUGCAAAAGCGAACAAGAAAGCAAGGGCGCGAUUCUCCCGCAACAACUACAGACCGAGCCAUAAUGCCCCGUAUCUACCACCAGAGGCUGAAGAGGGUAAUAUUGAAUACAAAUUGAAGCUGGUGAAUCCAACUCAGUACCGGUUCGAACACCUGGCAACUCAAAUGAAAUGGCGUCUCCAAGAGGGAAAAGGCGAGGCGGUCUAUCAGAUCGGCGUGGAGGACAAUGGCAUGCUUGUGGGACUAUCGGAGGAAGACAUGAGAGCUUCGUUAAAGACCCUCCAUCUAAUGGCGCAAAAAGUAGGGGCUGACAUCACUAUCCUCAGACAAAGCGAGGUCGAUGAGGACUCUGAUUGCCCUCGAAGCAUUGCUGAAGUUCUCAUACGUAAAGUGCCAGACGACCAACAGUUCUUGGACUUGCGAGUAGCGGUUCUGGGUAACGUGGACUCCGGAAAGUCCACGUUACUGGGCGUCUUGACACAGGGUGAACUGGACAAUGGGCGAGGGCGGGCAAGGCUCAACCUCUUCAGACAUCUCCACGAAAUCCAGACUGGGCGCACGUCAAGUAUCAGUUUUGAGAUACUUGGAUUCAACAGCAAAGGAGAGGUGGUAAACUACAGUGAAUCUCGAACGGCAGAGGAGAUUUGUGAAAGUGCCUCUAAAAUGAUCACGUUCAUAGACUUGGCGGGGCACCACAAAUAUCUGAAAACCACCAUCUUUGGCCUCACGAGUUACUGUCCUGAUUUUGCGAUGCUGGUCGUCAGUGCAAACACAGGCAUCGCGGGUACAACGCGGGAGCAUCUGGGGCUGGCCAUGGCUUUGAAGGUGCCCAUCUUCAUCGUCAUCAGUAAGGUGGAUCUGUGCACACGUGCUACAGUGGAGCGCACGGUCCGCCAGCUCGAGCGCGUCCUGAAGCAGCCGGGGUGCAACAAGGUUCCAAUGGUUGUCGCUAAUAAAGAUGAUGCCGUCACCGCAGCGCAGCAGUUUGCACAGUCUCCCAGCAUCACGCCAAUCUUCACGUUGUCCAGUGUGUCAGGGGAGAGCUUGGACUUGCUGAAAGUUUUCUUCAAUAUUAUUCCUCCUCUAAGCAACAGUAAAGAACAAGAGGGACUGAUGCAGCAAUUAACAGAGUUUCAGGUGGAUGAGAUCUACUCUGUCCCUGAGGUGGGAACGGUCGUGGGAGGCACUCUGUACAGUGGCAUUUGUCGUGAAGGGGAUGACCUCGUGGUCGGGCCGACAGACGCUGGACAAUUUCACAAACUGACAAUCGGCAGCAUCCAGAGGAAUCGCUCGGCAUGCAGGGUACUGAAGGCUGGUCAAGCUGCAACACUGGCGUUGGGAGAAUUUGACCGCUCAUUACUCCGAAAGGGAAUGGUGAUGGUGAGUCCAGAGAUGGAUCCUACCAUUUGCUGGACUUUUGAGGCUGAGGUUGUGCUACUUUUCCACGCAAAGACGUUCCACAAAGGUUUCCAGGUGACUGUGCACAUCGGCAAUGUGAGACAAACCGCCAUUGUGGAGGAGCUGUAUGGAAAGGAAGCACUAAGGACCGGUGAGAAAGCAGAAGUGCGUUUCAGAUUCAUCAAACAUCCAGAAUACCUCAAAGUGGGGGCAAAAAUGCUCUUCAGGGAGGGUGUAACCAAAGGCAUCGGACACAUCACAAAACUGCAGCCCGUUACCCAGUACAAACCAUCCCAAAGAGAGGAGGAGGGGGCUUAG